AUGGACGCUCUCAAGAACCUGGCUAGCGGUGGCUCCGGUGCCGCCAACAACGCUGGUGGUGCUGGUGGUGCUGCUGGCGGCGCUGGUGGUGCCGCCGGUGGCGCUGGUGGUGCCGCUGGCAAGCAGGACUACGGCGACAAGGCCUUUGACUUUGUCUCUAAGAAGUCUGGCCACCAGGUCAACCCCGAGACCAGCGAGAAGAUCACCGACGGUGCCCGCGGUGCCUUUGAGAAGGUGACUGGCAAGAAGGUCAACCCCAAGAUCUCCAACUAA